UAGGAAAAAACAGCCGGGUAAUUUGACGACUGCGUAAAAAAGGGGGGAUUUUAGUGAUUGAUUGUGUGAGUAAUCCGACUCUAAAAAAAUUUUUAAAAAAGGCAUUUGAAAAAUAGUAAAAAUCAGUCAAAAUUAAAUAUAUGAAUGCGUUCAGUAAAAACAACAAUUUAUCCUUUCAAUUCUUCCUCUUCAAUUGAAAAACAAAAAAAUUUUCGACUAGAAGGAAGAGAUGAGGUGUUUGCCGUCCGUUUGGCACAAACUGCAACAGCCCUAUUAAUUAUUGUUUGCUUUUUGGGACUUCCUAUAUUUUGGAUUCAAGUUAUGUACCGGUUUAGUACAAUACAUUUAAUCCAUUUACAAAAUCAACAAUUGAAACAACAAAAUUAUUUAAGUGGAGAUACUUGUAGAAUGAAGCUUACACUACAAGAGAAUAAUAGAAGUGAGGGCAACAACAUUUUUCAACCUAUAUUUGAAGAAGAAAAUGAAGGGAGAUAUGAAUGCGAUCCGUGGGCGCAUACUUUACAAUUAUAA